UCCAGAGCAGUGUUGAAGGUGAACGCAGACCCCAGGGCCCUGCCCCGCUCUCCACGUCCGCCUCCCACAGAUUAUGACAGAUACAUAGCACCAAGCAAAAUAAUGGCAGCUGCUUACCUUGACCCAAACUUGAAUCACACCCCGAAUUCGAGUACCAAGACCCAUCUGGGUACCGGAGUGGAACGUUCCCCCGGGGCAAUGGAGCGAGUGUUGAAGGUCUUUCAUUAUUUUGAGAACAGCAGUGAGCCAGCCACUUGGGCCAGUAUUAUCAGGCACGGAGAUGCUACUGAUGUCAGGGGCAUCAUUCAGAAGAUAGUGGACAGUCACAAAGUAAAGCACGUGGCCUGCUAUGGAUUUCGUCUCAGUCACCUGCGGUCAGAGGAGGUUCACUGGCUCCAUUUGGAUAUGGGUGUCUCCAAUGUGAGGGAGAAGUAUGAACUUGCACACCCACCAGAGGAGUGGAAAUAUGAAUUGAGAAUUCGUUAUUUGCCAAAAGGAUUUCUAAACCAGUUUACUGAAGACAAGCCAACUCUGAAUUUCUUCUAUCAACAGGUGAAAAGUGACUACAUGUCGGAGAUAGCUGACCGGGUGGACCAGGACAUCGCUUUGAAGCUGGGCUGCCUAGAAAUACGGCGCUCGUAUUGGGAGAUGCGAGGCAACGCGCUAGAGAAGAAGUCCAACUAUGAGGUGUUAGAAAAAGAUGUUGGUUUGAAGCGAUUUUUUCCUAGGAGUUUACUGGAUUCUGUCAAGGCCAAAACACUAAGAAAACUGAUCCAGCAGACGUUUAGACAGUUCGCCAACCUGAACAGAGAAGAGAGCAUUCUGAAAUUCUUUGAGAUCCUCUCCCCAGUGUACCGAUUUGAUAAAGAGUGCUUCAAGUGUGCCCUCGGUUCAAGCUGGAUUAUUUCAGUGGAACUGGCGAUCGGCCCAGAAGAAGGAAUCAGUUACCUCACGGACAAGGGCUGCAGCCCCACACAUCUGGCCGACUUCAAUCAAGUGCAGACCAUCCAGUAUUCCAACAGCGAAGACAAGGACCGGAAAGGAACGCUGCAGCUGAAAAUCGCGGGCGCCCCCGAGCCUCUGACAGUGACAGCACCGUCCCUGACCAUCGCCGAGAAUAUGGCUGACCUGAUAGAUGGGUACUGCCGGCUGGUGAACGGAGCCACGCAGUCCUUUAUCAUCAGGCCCCAGAAAGAAGGUGAACGGGCUUUGCCAUCAAUACCAAAGCUGGCCAACAGCGAGAAGCAAGGCGUGCGGACACACGCGGUCUCCGUGUCAGAUGAAAUUAGUGGGGACGAAACCGAUGACUAUGCUGAGAUUAUAGACGAAGAAGAUACCUACACCAUGCCCUCAAAAAGCUAUGGAAUAGACGAAGCCAGGGACUACGAGAUUCAAAGAGAAAGAAUCGAGCUUGGACGGUGCAUCGGGGAAGGCCAGUUUGGGGACGUCCACCAAGGCGUCUACAUGAGUCCAGAGAAUCCGGCUUUGGCGGUCGCAAUUAAAACAUGUAAAAACUGUACUUCGGACAGCGUGCGAGAGAAAUUCCUUCAAGAAGCCUGUAAGUUUCUAGAAAUUUCUGUGGAGCUCCAUUUGACGUUUUCUCUGUGUAAAAUACAAGCCAUCUCUAAGAAGUAA